CGUUCUCGCUCCAGUUGCGAGCGCCGGGGCCGCCGCGUCCGCCCGCGCUUAAAGGGCCCGCGUCCUGGGAAAACUCGCGGGCCAGCCCGGCGUCCAGUCGCAUCCAGCCAUCACGCCCCUCACCCUCCCGCCUCUCCCCCGGCGCGGCGGCCGCGGCCGGCGGAUUCCCCUCCCCUUUCUCGGCGUCUCCGGGCUCCCGGCAACCAGCGCCCCUGCGUUCUCACGGCCCCGGGCCGGGGGAGGGGGGUGCGGCUUGCAGAGUCUCGGGGACGUGCUCGGGUCCCUGGCGAGCUGGGAUCCCCAGCCAGUCGUUCGCUCCCCCUCCCCUUCCCCUUCCCUUUCCCCUUCCCCGUGGCCCUCUCCCCGCUGGCCGAGCGUCUCCGCGGCUCCUGGGAGGGGACGUUUCCUAAUCUCGGCCCGGGGUUAAAGUUCUGGUCCUGGUGAGAUGCUGGAAGCUGCGGCCGCGGCCGCCACCCGUCCCGGAGGUGUCCUGUCGCCAGCCGCCGCCUGCACCGCCGCCGCCGUCAGCAGCAGCAGCACCGCCGCCCUGCCGGGGCCAUGUUCGCUCUGGGCUUGGCCUGCCUGGUGCUCUCGGUGGUCUCCGUCGACAGCCAUCUGGGGGCCCUGGGGCCCAAGAACGUGUCGCAGAAAGACGCCGAGUUUGAGCACACCUACGUGGACGAGGUCAACAGCGAGCUGGUCAACAUCUACACCUUCAACCACACUGUGACCCGCAACCGGACAGAGGGUGUGCGUGUGUCUGUAAACAUCCUGAACAAGCAGAAAGGUGCGCCGCUGCUGUUUGUGGUCCGCCAGAAGGAGGCCGUGGUGUCCUUCCAGGUGCCCCUAAUCCUGCGAGGGCUGUAUCAGCGCAAGUACCUCUACCAGAAGGUGGAGCGGACACUGUGUCAGCCUCCCACCAAGAAUGAGUCGGAAGUCCAGUUCUUCUAUGUGGACGUGUCCACCUUGUCGCCCGUCAACACCACCUAUCAGCUGCGUGUCAUCCGGAUGGACCACUUUGUGCUCAGGACGGGGGAGCAGUUCAGCUUCAACACCACUGCAGCACAACCCCAGUACUUUAAGUAUGAGUUCCCCGAGGGAGUAGACUCGGUGAUUGUCAAGGUGACCUCCAACAAAGCCUUCCCCUGCUCAGUCAUCUCCAUCCAGGAUGUCCUGUGCCCAGUUUAUGACCUGGACAACAAUGUAGCCUUCAUCGGCAUGUACCAGACUAUGACCAAGAAGGCAGCCAUCACUGUGCAGCGUAAAGACUUCCCCAGCAACAGCUUUUACGUAGUAGUGGUGGUAAAGACGGAAGACCAGGCCUGCGGGGGCUCCUUGCCUUUCUACCCCUUUGUGGAAGAUGAACCGGUCGAUCAAGGGCACCGCCAGAAAACCCUGUCUGUGCUGGUGUCACAGGCAGUCACGUCCGAGGCCUAUGUUGGUGGGAUGCUCUUUUGCCUGGGUAUAUUUCUCUCUUUCUACCUGCUGACUGUCCUCCUGGCCUGCUGGGAGAACUGGAGGCAGAGGAAGAAGACCCUGUUGGUGACUGUGGACCGAGUCUGCCCCGAAAGCGGUCAUCCUCGGGUCCUAGCUGAUUCCUUUCCUAGCAGGUGCCCAUACGAGGGCUACAACUAUGGCUCCUUUGAGAGUGGCUCAGGAUCCACGGAUUGCCUGAUUGACAGCAGUGGCACCGGGGACCUCUCCUAUGGGUACCAGGGGCUCGACCAGUUCAAGCGACGCCUCCCCUCUGGCCAGAUGCGGCAGCUGUGCAUUGCCAUGGACCGCCCUUUCGACCCUGUGGCUGCUCGUCCACGGCUGGACUCCAUGAGCUCCGUGGAGGAGGAUGACUACGACACCUUGACCGACAUUGAUUCAGACAAGAAUGUCAUCCGCACCAAGCAAUACCUGUACGUGGCUGAUCUAGCACGGAAGGACAAGCGCGUCCUGCGCAAGAAGUACCAGAUCUACUUCUGGAACAUAGCCACCAUUGCUGUCUUCUAUGCCCUUCCCGUGGUGCAGCUGGUGAUCACCUACCAGACGGUGGUGAAUGUCACAGGCAAUCAGGACAUCUGCUACUACAACUUCCUAUGUGCCCACCCACUGGGCAACCUCAGCGCCUUCAACAACAUCCUCAGCAACCUGGGGUAUAUCCUGCUGGGGCUGCUGUUCCUGCUCAUCAUCCUGCAACGUGAGAUCAACCACAACCGGGCCCUGCUGCGCAACGAUCUCUAUGCCCUGGAGUGUGGGAUCCCGAAACACUUCGGCCUGUUCUAUGCCAUGGGCACUGCCCUAAUGAUGGAGGGGCUGCUGAGUGCUUGCUAUCAUGUCUGCCCCAACUAUACCAACUUUCAAUUUGACACAUCAUUCAUGUACAUGAUCGCCGGCCUGUGCAUGCUGAAGCUCUACCAGAAGCGGCAUCCAGACAUCAACGCCAGCGCUUACAGCGCCUAUGCCUGUCUGGCCAUCGUCAUCUUCUUCUCGGUGCUGGGCGUGGUGUUCGGCAAAGGGAACACAGCCUUCUGGAUCGUCUUCUCCAUCAUCCACAUCACCUCCACACUGUUGCUCAGCACGCAGCUCUAUUAUAUGGGCCGCUGGAAGCUAGACUCCGGCAUCUUCCGGCGCAUCCUGCACGUGCUCUACACGGACUGCAUCCGGCAGUGCAGCGGGCCCCUCUACGUGGACCGCAUGGUGCUGCUGGUGAUGGGCAAUAUCAUCAACUGGUCCCUGGCUGCCUAUGGGCUCAUCAUGCGCCCCAAUGACUUCGCCUCCUACCUGCUGGCCAUCGGCAUCUGCAACCUGCUGCUCUACUUUGCCUUCUACAUCAUCAUGAAGCUCCGCAGCGGGGAGAGGAUCAAGCUAAUCCCCCUGCUGUGUAUCGUGUGCACGUCUGUGGUCUGGGGCUUUGCACUCUUCUUCUUCUUCCAGGGCCUCAGUACCUGGCAGAAAACCCCAGCAGAGUCGAGAGAACACAACCGGGACUGCAUCCUCCUCGACUUCUUUGACGACCACGACAUCUGGCACUUCCUCUCCUCCAUCGCCAUGUUUGGGUCCUUCCUGGUGUUGCUGACGCUGGACGACGACCUGGAUACCGUCCAACGCGACAAGAUCUAUGUCUUCUAGGAACCCAGCCCUCUGCUUCACCUCAGGGGGCUCUGAGCCCCCCGUGUCACUUGCCGGUUGCCCCCGUAAUGCAAGGGGUAUGCAUCCCAGGUCCCACUGCCUGGGACUGGACAGUGGCAGGACAGCAAGGUCAAGGCCAGGCCUGGCCCGGGACAGUCAUGGGUGCCACUGAACCUUGUAGCCUUGACCUCUGCUGGAGAGGAGGAGGCUUGCCCCACAGCUCCCCUCAUCCCACCCUAAAAUCCCCAAUGUGGGCCAAACUGCUGCUUUCUUCUCAGUGUUCGGGCCUGCAUGGCCCCCAUCCUUGGGCUCUCCGUUUGUCCCUGUGCAGAAGGCAGGAGGGACAGCAGCCUCCUCCCAUUCCAUGACUGGCAUCCCACAAUCCUUGCCCUCCUCCGCAGCCUGGGAAUCUAACUCCUUCCUUCCUUCCACGUUCACGCUCCAGGACCCUGGCAUGGGACCUGAUGUUCUGUCCUGUCCCGGAACCCCACUUGUGUAUGGGCUGCACUUGGCCACCAUGGUGGCUACC